CCGGGCGGGCUCCGCGGGCCAGGAGCGCGGCCCGGUCUAAUAUGCCCGGAACCGAGGCGCGAUGAAGGAGAAAUCCAAGAACGCGGCCAAGACCAGGAGGGAGAAGGAAAAUGGCGAGUUUUACGAGCUGGCCAAGCUGCUCCCGCUGCCUUCGGCCAUCACCUCGCAGCUGGACAAGGCGUCCAUCAUCCGCCUCACCACGAGCUACCUGAAGAUGCGCGCCGUCUUCCCCGAAGGUUUAGGAGACGCGUGGGGACAGCCAAGUCGCACCACGGGGCCCCUGGACAGUGUCGCCAAGGAGCUGGGAUCGCAUUUGCUGCAGACUUUGGAUGGAUUUGUUUUUGUGGUCGCGUCUGACGGCAAGAUCAUGUACAUAUCGGAAACAGCGUCCGUGCAUUUGGGCUUGUCCCAGGUGGAGCUCACGGGCAACAGCAUUUACGAGUACAUCCACCCUUCCGACCACGACGAGAUGACGGCUGUGCUGGCUGCCCACCAGCCGCUCCACCACCACCUGCUGCAAGAGUACGAGAUAGAGAGGUCCUUCUUUCUUCGGAUGAAGUGUGUCUUGGCGAAAAGAAACGCAGGCCUGACGUGCAGCGGAUACAAGGUCAUCCACUGCAGCGGCUACUUGAAGAUCAGGCAGUACGUGCUGGACAUGUCCCUGUACGACUCGUGCUACCAGAUCGUGGGGCUGGUGGCCGUGGGCCAGUCGCUGCCGCCCAGCGCCAUCACGGAGAUCAAGCUGCACAGCAACAUGUUCAUGUUCAGGGCCAGCCUGGACCUGAAGCUGAUAUUCCUGGACUCCAGGGUGACCGAGCUCACGGGGUACGAGCCACAGGACCUGAUUGAGAAGACCCUGUACCACCACGUGCACGGCUGUGACGUCUUCCACCUCCGCUACGCGCACCACCUCCUGCUGGUGAAGGGCCAGGUCACCACCAAGUACUACCGGCUGCUGAGCAAGCUGGGCGGCUGGGUGUGGGUGCAGAGCUACGCCACUGUGGUGCACAACAGCCGCUCGUCCCGGCCCCACUGCAUCGUGAGUGUCAAUUAUGUCCUCACGGAUAUCGAGUACAAGGAGCUGCAGCUGUCCCUGGAGCAGGUCCCCACGUCCAAGUCGCAGGAAGCCUGGAGGACCGCCCUGUCUACCUCACAAGAAACUAGGAAAUUAGCUAAACCCAAAAACACAAAGAUGAAGACUAAGCUGAGAACAAACCCUUACCCUCCACAGCAAUACAGCUCGUUCCUAACGGACAAACUGGACUGCGGCCAGCUGGGAAACUGGAGAGCCAGCCCCCCGGCGAACCCCCCGGCGCCCCCAGAACAGCAGCUCCAUUCAGCAAGCGGCGACCUCCUGUGCGCCCCGUCCUACAGCCUGCCCUUCUACCAUUACGGACACUUCCCCCUAGACUCGCACGUCUUCAGCGGCAAAAAGCCAAUGCUGCCGGCCAAAUUCGGGCAGCCCCAAGGAUCCCCGUGUGAGGUGGCACGCUUUUUCCUAAGCACACUGCCAAGCGGCGGCGAGUGCCAGUGGCACUAUGCCAACCCCCUGGUGCCUAGCAGCCCGUCUCCAGCUAAAAACCUUCCCGAGCCGCCAGUGAGCGCUGCCCGGCACAGCCUGGUGCCCAGCUACGAAGGCUCUCCUGCCCCCAGUGUGAGGCUGCCCGACAGGGAGACCACCCCAGUGGGGCCAGUUGGGGUGCCCGUGGGCACCGCUAACAGUAGGAAGGGCGUUCGGCCGCUUCCAGAAAAGUCCUGCUCUCGUUUGCCGCCGCCAGAGACGGUGAUUGUCCAGACCAGCUCCCAGGAGCCUGCUGCAUAUUUCGAGUCUCCCAAGACCGCCAAGGAGCCGAUUCCGAAGUGA